CUGUUCUCGUACUACAACGGAAGAACAUGGCCGACAGACAACUCUUUUUGUUUGGUUUCGAAUAUUAGUUUCCGUGGUGGCUCUGUUUGUUAGAAUUUUACCAUUGGCUUUGACCUGUUUGGUUUACUAUGUCUUCUAUGCAAGAAAAAAUUGAAAGCAAGUUGAAACAAGCUUUGGACACAACGCAUCUGGAAGUUGUUGAUGCGUCAGAUGGCUGUGGGGCCAAGUUUCAGGUACUUGUAGUGUCACCACAAUUUGAGGGAAAACCACUGCUGCAAAGACAUAGGUUAGUUAAUUCCACAUUGGAAGAGGAAAUGAAGAGCAUACAUGCUUUCCAGAUGAAGACUUUAACACCCCAACAGUGGCAACAGCAGCAAACAAACUGAAAUGUUGUUUCCACAUAAAAAAAUUUGAUUUCAUAUAAAUAAAAAUAUAAUGUGGUGGAAAUGUAUUUUGUGCAAGCCACUACCGGUAUGUUAAAAAAAACACCUUCAUGUUAAAUGUUUAUUACAAGCAAAUUAUUAAUGGUGCUCGAUUUGGAUUAUAUAUAAUAUAAAACAUAGGAUGACAAUUUGCAAACACCACUUUUGAAAUCAUAUGAUACAGUCCUCGAAAUUCGCAGCGGCAAUCGGCAAUUCCAACGCAAAAUUGAUUUGCAACAGCAUAUCAUUGCCGUCGCAAAUCUGAGUGGUGAAAAGUCUGUAGGCAUUUUUCCCUGAACUCUGUCCAAUUACAGAUCCCAGAAAAAAGCAUUUAUAAUCUAGUGUGGCCCAAUGUUUCCUCAAUUAAUAUAAAUCUGUUUAUUCCGGUAGAGAAGUGCACUAAAGUAAAGAUGAGAUGUCAUCUUUUAGCAUAUUAUUACUACAGUGGAUCAUAGAUGAAUAAUUUUGACAGCAGUAAUCUUUUCUUUAAAAUUGCUGCCGUAGUGCUGUUGCAAAAUGUAUUGUCCGAAUUUCAAGGGCUGUAUGAUAGGAUAUCAAGUAGAAUUUAAUCUUGCUUUCAUCAGGCGUGCGCUACAACAGCUUGCUCUGAAUGUGCACGUAAAGCCCUAUGACCUGACCUGCCUUCAUCAAUAAUGUAGAGAAUAUUAAAUGUAAUUUCUAUUUGGAAACAAAUAGGACUGCUGGGUCUGCUUUCUUGUUUAGUCUCUUUUGAAGGGUUAUGUAGAGUUGAUUGUUAAAUAUACAGAAUCUUAUAUUGAGCGUAUUCAGGUACAAGAAUCUUAUAUUGAGUGUAUUCAGGUACAGAAUCUUAUAUUGAGCGUAUUCAGGUACAGAAUCUUAUAUUGAGCGUAUGCAGGUAGCUUCAAAUAAGUGCAUAUUCGUAUUGAAACAAAAUCAAUAAUUUUUAAGGUUUAGUGUUGCAUGUGACAGCAGUUUGCUUUUUAAUGUAUCAUUCAUCUUAAACAGAAUAAAUGAUGAGCAUUCAUGCAAAUCCAUUUGUGAAUAAACUGCUAGCUGUUUUGUGGUUAGAAAAAUUUGCCGAUAAGAAAAAAAUAAAAUUACAUAUUAA